UUGUCGAUAUCGGUGGCGAUCCUUCUGCUCUCGGCAAACACGCAUCAUUUCUACCUUUUCACUGCGAUCGAAACCGAAGUGUACGACUGUAAACUACGGAGCUAGCGAAACUCUUUGGCGACAUCAACUCGUUGCAGAGCUAAAGCGAAUCUCUCGGUGCGGGGAGAAAACGCUACAGUAUCCCGCAACGCGGUGUACGCUGCCAUCAAACAGCGGCGGAAGGUUGGAUACUGCGCGAAACACGGCUGCAGGAAUUUGCGAAACGUAGUUCCGGUUCCAGUAGCUGCUCAGUUACUGGCCAUCAUCGUUGUCGUCGUCGUUGUCGUUUUGUCCCAUCGUGGUCGCGAUUCCGUUUCCAAGCAAUUCAAUUCUGUGUAAAAUUAUAGAGUGGCGGAAAUCCUUUUCCGUGGUGGUAACAGUUUUGCGGAAAAGCUACGGCAAAUUCCCGUCUCGGCGAAUCCGAGUGCUCCGACUUUUUCCCAGACACCUUCAACAGUGGAACAGGAGAAGAUCGGGGCAGAUUAAAGCUGGACAAAGUCGUCCGCUUGUUCAUCCAGAAGGAGGAGAAGCUGUCGAAGCAACGGUAUCAUCGAUCCCGGAAAUUGUAUCGUUACUGCCACCCACCUUCUGCCACUACACCCCACUGAAGAGUGAUUGUAGCAGCUUAAUCUGCCUGGCGAGCCAUUUGUUGAUAAACAUCCUGAAAGUGCAGAACCGUUAACCGCGGCCAACAAAGCAAGCAGCCUUCCGAACGGUGUCCGCGCAAGGAUGGGUGACGCAAUCAACUUUGGGCCUGCCUGGUUACGCAAGGUGGCGUCCGAUAGUAACACCACUAGUAACCAUCACAGUACGAACAGUAGUAGCAGCAGCAGCAGCCACCACAGCAGCCAUUCGAUGGUGAACAACAAUAGCAGCAGCACCGUCGCCAACAAUGCUGGCGGUGGUGGAGGCGUCGGAUUGCAUCAUCAGCAUCUUCCGCAUCACCAUUCGCAGUCGCCAUCGUCGUCGCACUCUUCAUCGCACCAUAGCCUGUCGCAUAGUAGCAGCGGCAGCGCUAUCGGUGGCGGUGGCAGCGUCGGCGGCGGUGGCAGCUCCGCUGCUGCUGGCGGAGGUGGUGGUGGCCUUUCCAAUAGCUCGUAUGGUGGGAGCUCUGGUGGAGGCGGUGGCGCUGCUGCAAACAACGGCGGGACUGGACCGGGGGGCGCUGUUACCUCCACUGCAAUCCGGUACCCGUUGGCCGAGUUUCGCUACGGCCGGGAGGAAAUGCUAGCCCUGUUCGACGGGAGAACGACCAAGACUCCGGAAAUACUGGUGCACUAUAAGGGCUUGUUCGUGGAAAAGCCGCAACCACCGCUCGCGCUUACUCCUUGUCCGGAGGAAGAACUGAUUGUGGAACCGGAGGCACGGCGCGCUUGGCCAUCGAGAAGUAUUUCGCUUGGAAUUCCUGGACGUGGCGCUCGUGGUGGCUCGGUAGAUCGUGGUCGCGGGCGUGGCCGCGGUCUGUAUACUAGCUAUCAACGUUCGUCCUCUUUCUACGAUGAUGAAUCCAGGGGCGUAGGAAGAGGCGAACGACCGUGGCUGGAGCGUAACGGAACUGGUGGCAUCGGAGGGGUCGGAGGCGAUGCAGAGUGGAACAACUCAUCGUCGAGCCCUCGGAAGGAGUACGGGUCGCGCGUUAUUCGUACGAGCGGGGGCUUGGAAAGUUGGCGUCGUUCCCGUACGGACGAUGAGAACGCCGGCGCUACCAGCAACGGGAUCAGCGAUUGGCGAUCUGGUGGUGGUACUGGCGGCAGUAUUACGGGCGUGGCGCGUGAAAAGUGGACUCGAUCAACGAGCUGGCGCGAUGAGGAUAGCUCCUCGCAUCACGGGGUCGAACGAGGAUUGAAUAGUAGCAUCGGGGGUGACCGAAUGAUUCCCCCCUACAAGUCGCGCCUUUCGUCUGGUGGCGGUCUUGGCAGCGGCGGUGGUGAUCCGAAUUCCGGCCACUCGAUGGGUGCCGGUGGAAUGCGUCGCCCGAACUGGGACACCGAUGAGCUGCCCGAGUGGGCCACGGAAAAUCCGUCCGAUUUCGGUGGCAGCUUCGAUGCGACCGGUGCAUUUCACGAUUCUGAUAAUGAUGGCGAGAACGGUGGUGGUGGUGGCAGUAGCAGCGGGGGAACUACUGCUAGCCGGUAUGGCGGAGAUGGUAGUGACGCGAACGGCGGUAAGACAAACCACCUUACCAAGGGCGGCGAAGAAAGAUCGAAAAACAACAUUCGACACCGAGCUGACGACAGCGAGUCCGGCGGUGAACCCCAUCGAGACGGGACAGAGGAUACGACUGGCAAAAAUAGAAGCGAUAAAUCAACGCCAGCAUCGGCCCAGGGAAGAGAAAUCGGAAAGUCCAUGAAUCAUAUCGACGGCAGAGUGGACGACGCGACGGCGUUAGCUGUCGGUAAAAAAGGGGACGCUCACAAUGAAAAGCAACAUUCGAGUGCCAAUGAAUUGCAACAGAAGCAAAAACAGAAACAACAGCUAGAUAAGGACGGAAACCACCAUGUGUCUGAAUCGUCACCAGAAAAGCUAUCCUCGUCGGAGAGAAAUGAUGGUUCUGGCUUAGUUCAAUCGAGCACUACGACGAAGGGUAUAUCUUCUUCGCGUGAAUCAAUCGAAUCCUCCGUUUCAUCCUCCAUCAGCGGAACUGCCGCUGUGAUAGAACCUGACGCUCGACAGAAUUCUCCGUCGUCGUGGCACAAGGCUAAUGCUGCAUCGGUUGCCACUGGUGCAAAAAUUGCUUCCGAACAUGCGUCGCUGUCGGCUAAAGGUGGUGAGGCCGGGAAUGAAAAUGACAACAACGAUGGUCAAAAACAUUCCUCGCAGCAAGAGAAGCGAGACGGACCGAAAAAGUCGCCGUCCAGUACGAGCGUCGAUCGAAUGCAGGAAGUGGCAGACGAUAUGGUUGCUCAGCUGAUUAUGGAUGAUGAAUUUCUGGCGACUGACGGUGAUCCAUCGGUAAUCUCUUCGAUUGCUGCUAGCACCAGUGGGCUGGUCGGUGCGGGUGGAAGCCUCGGCAAAUCUCCGGUCUUCGGUAUGUCGGCGGCAGGUGCGACCGGUGCGGCAGCAACCUUAGCAGCGGGAGGACUACCGAUGAACGUGGUUUUACCGAAGGCGCAUCCGAUGCAACAACUCUUUGGAAAUGGGAACCUUUCGCGCGUGAAUCCUCUAUUGCUAUCCGAUCCGGUGGCUGCCAAUCGUGCAGUAGUGGCCGGUGUAAACCCGAUGGCACAGCUGCACCAUUUGAUGGGACCACCGGCUCCUCCGCCCGGAUCGGAUAUAUGGUUUUACCGUGACCCUCAGGGAAAAUUGCAGGGUCCGUUCCAAGCGGCGGAAAUGACAGAAUGGUACAGGGCCGGAUACUUUGACGAGUCGCUGUCGGUGCGGCGGGCAUGCGAUGAGGUAUUUAAUACGCUCGGCACACUGGUGGCCCUUUGCGGUGGCAUGCCAUUUUUAAAUUCUGUGAUCAUACAACCGUUCAAAGCGUCCGGUGGUGGUGGUGGUAUGGCGAAACAUUCGCCACAGCAACAACAGCAAACGCAGUCCAGCACGGCGACCCAGGGCCAACAGAAACAGGCUGCACCCGGCACGAAUGGCAACAAUGUUAUGCCUUCCCCGAAUCAACAGCCAACGGCUGGACAGGGAUCCUCGCAGCAGCAACAGCAGCAGCAGCAGCAGCAAGGGUCGCUCCAUCCUGGCAAUGCUGGUAGUUCUGCUGGUGGUGGUCCGAAUGUUUCCGGAAUUUCAAGUAUUCAUUUAAUGCGCCAGCACCAAAUGGUGGUGCAGAAGCUACAAAGUACGGAAGGAUGGGCUGUACUAACGCCAGAGCAGCAAAACAUGAUCAUCCAACAGCAGAUGAGUCAGCUGAUGAGCUCAGAUGUAGCGGGCAUUGGAAUGAUAUCGCCUUCUUCAUCGUUGCCUGGCGCAAAUGCUGGAAGCGCAGCAGGUGCGAAUCAGCAUCAACAACAGCCGGGUGGCAUUUUUGGCGCUGGUACAGCAGCCGCUGGUAUGAUACCGUCGAACCAGGAAACGUUGGUACAUCAGAAAAUGCGGGAAAUGCACCAACAACAAGGCCAACCCCUGCAACCGCCUCAACCGCAACAACAACCGCCAGCACAUGUUAUGAUGGAACAGCUGCAAAAGUCUGUUUCAAGCAAUCAUAACAAUAGUGCGUUCUUGAAGUUGCAUUUACCAGACUUCAAUCAGUCAUCUCAAGUUCCUGGAGGAAGACCGAUGCUAGGUAACAUGAAUGUUGAUCCCACCACUGCCGCAGCUGUAGCUGCUGCUGCUGCAGCCGGGCACGACCCUCUAGGGCACUUGAUGCAUGGUAUUGGGUAUAAUCCUCAAGCCGCCGGGCAAAAUCUUGGACCUUUGGGGCCAAACAAUCUUCUGAUGAAUCGCGGUAGUUUGCUGGGAGCUGGGGCCGGUGUUCCUACACAGCAACAACAACCUCCAUCUCAACACCAGCAACCACCACAUCCAAACGCAGGAAAACCAGGCGCAGAGGAUCCUAUUCAAUCACUGUUUAUGCAACUGUCGUUGCAUAAGAACCAACAAACUCCGCAGCAGAUGCCGAAUCAUCAGCCUCCGUCGAAACCGGGAGGAGAAAUGAUGGGAGCCCCUGCUGGCUGGCUGCAAACGGGCGCUGGACAACCACAGACUGCCAAUAACGGCGGUGGAUUACCUGGACUAGUUGGCCCGCGAGGUCCAAUGAUUGGCGCAGCUUCUAGUUGGGGCGAUCUACCACCACCUACGAGUGCCUCUUUUGCGUCCUUAAUGCAGCAGCAACAGCCGCCGCAUCUCCCCCUCGCUGGACACCAUCCACUGUUAUUAGGUGGCAGCGGUCCAUCAAAUGAACCACAGGCACCAUCAGUUGUUUCACUGUUUAAACAUCAUCAGCAGGCAGAAAAGCAACAACAAAUGGAGAAAGAACAGCAACUUAUUCAACAGCAGCAGCAACAGCAACAACAGCAGCAACAGCAGCAACAGCAACAGCAGCAGCAACAGCAGCAACAGCAGCAACAGCAGCAGCAACAGCAGCAGCACCACCAGCAGCAGCAGCAGCAACAGCAGCAACAGCAGCAACAGCAACAGCAACAGCAACAACAACAACAAUUGCAGCAGCAGCAACAACAACAAAUGCAGCAGAUGCAUCAAGAAAAUGCACUUGCUCAACAGAAACAGCAGCAUCAGGUGCAGCAAUCACAAAAUGUCCAGGAAAAUCAACAGCAUCUGCAGCACAUGCAACAGCAUCAAAUGCAACAAUUACAACAUCAGCAGGAGCAUCAGCAGCAAAUAUCGCAACAACAGCAACAACCACAACAGCAGCCACAGCCGCCGCAACAGCCAGAACCUCAACUGCAGCAACAGCAGCAACAGCAACAGCAGCAACAGCAACAGCAGCAACAACAGCAACAGCAACAGCAACAGCAACAGCAACAGCUACAGCAGCAGCAACAGCAACAGCAGCAGCAGCAGCAGCAACAGCAGCAACAGCAACAGCAACAACAGCAGCAACAACAGCAGAUGCAGCAACAGCAGAUGCAACAGCAACAGCAGCAACCGCAACAACAACAACUGCAGCAGCAGCAGCCGCCGCAGCAACAACAACAACAACAACAACAACAACAACAACAACAACAACAACAACAUCUGCAGCAACAGCAGCAGCACCAGCAACAACAAACACAGCAGCAAAAGCAGCCUAAGGAAAAUCAAAAAAAGGAGAGCAUUGCCAUAGAAGCGUCGAACCAACAACAGUCCGGCAAUAACAAAAAGCAAAGUAAUAAGCAGCACCACCAGCAGCACGUAAAUAAUCACGUAGAAACGGUGGAAGAAAAGACAGGUACGUCGCAGCAGAAUCAAAAGUCCAAAAAGCAACAAAAGAACAACCAUCUAGCUUCGGGUGGGGCCAGCAACGGCCAAGCAACGAUUACCAGCGAGGAGGAGAGCGAAUUCAUCAUCGUGAAAAAAGAGAUGGAGGAAAAGAAGCGCCAGAAAGAGAUGAAAAAGCAACAGCAGGAGGAGCAGAAGCGUAAGCUGGCGGAAGAGAAAAAGCUGCUGGAGGAGCUGGAAGCACAAAAGAAAGCAAAGCUGCUGGAGUCUCAGCGCCGUGAAGCGAUGAAAAUUCAAGAGCAGCAACAGCAGCAACAGCAACGCUCGGCCCCUAAGGCUGUACCAGCGCCAUGGUCUGGAGCGAUGGCCGAAAUUGCAAACAGCAAACUAAGCCUGUCGGAAAUCCAGAAAACCGAACGUGCUCUGCUGGCCCGCCGUGAGCACAGCAUGCGCGAGCAACAGGAACAGCAGCAGAUGCUGGAGAUGCAAACGCAGCUGGUAGACGGUCGACUGAAGUGGAACGCACAGAACCUGAUGCCGGCCAAGGUGAAACCAUUGGCUGAGAUACAGGCGGAAGAGGCCGCUGCGGCUGAAAGAGCCCGCGAGAAGAAUGCGAACGCGUCCGGUUUAACGGUGGCUGCCAUUGCGGCUCAAGGUGGCGUAAAGGGUUCGAAGAAAGAGGACAACUUGGCCAGCCUGCUGGGCGGUGCUGGUGCUAGUGGAGCCGGAUCCGCUGUGUGGCGCGGAGCCGGUAGCAUGCUGUACUUUAAUUCAACUAAAGCGUGGACCGGUGAUGGCGAGGCGAGCAGUCUUCUGAGUGGGGGAGCCGGCGGUGGUUCCUCCGGGCUCAGUAACAAUGUUAGCUCCGGCGGCUUCUGGGAGGAACCUACGCAGCCCAGCGUCGUAACAGCUGCCUCGAUUGUUGCUUCCGCUGGCAAGGGCACUGGCAACAGUGCGCGGAAGCAGUCGGCCAAUGCCAACGUGACUACGUCUGGCGGUGCUUCUGGCAAGCAGCAGCAGCAGCAGCUUUUGAGCAAGAGCAAAACAAUGGGCAGCAUUUCCACGAGCUCUUCCUCGACGGUGGCCGCUGCCAAGCAGCAGAAGCAACAGCAGCAAGGGUCAGCCAAAGGUAGCGGAUCAUCGGGUACCGGUAAGGCCGGUGGCAAGAAUGGAAAUGUGUCCGGAGGAAAUAGCGAUCGAAAGGACGACAGGAAGCAUCCGAGCGAGCCUACCAAUGAAUUUACCGAUUGGUGUACUCGUGCCCUGAGCUCGUUAAACAGCAACGUCGACAUUCCAACAUUUGUCGGAUUUCUGCAGGACAUCGAAUCACCGUUCGAGGUGAAGGAUUAUAUCCGUUUAUACUUAGGAGAAACUAAAGAGUGUUCGGAAUUUGCGAAGCAAUUCCUCGAGAGACGCUCCAAGUACAAAAAUCAGCAACGCCAAAAGAAUGCCCACAUCGAUGAUAUGUGCAAACCGGCACCAGCUAUUAACCCAUCGUCUAACGAUUUCCAAGAAAUCAAGGGUAAAAAUAAGAAGGUAAAGAAGAACAAGAUGAUGAAACUCGACAGCAGAAUCUUGGGCUUCUCCGUUACGGCUGCGCCGGAUCGGCUUAACGUUGGCGAACGAGACUAUGGCGAUAACGUUUAAGUGAUCGGCACAUAGCCAGGAAGAGAAAGUGAGACAGAGAGACAGAGGGAAAAAGAGAGAUACAGAAAGAUAGAGAGAGGGAGAGAGAGAAAAAAAAUCAACUGGAUUCGUGUGUGUGUGUAUGUGAGCAACAAAAGUAAUGAAGAACAUAAAAAUCAUAGCUGAAGCAGCAACAUAAGUGUGGCACAAAUAAUAACCCUUCCUCUCCCACUCAAUCAAACGUAGAUCGAUCGCAAGGGGUUUCGAAUUGGUUUUGAGUUUUAUUCCUUUAAAUCAGUCUAAAAGGGUAGUGUAGCUUAUGUGAGAUGAUGGGAUUCAGAGCCAAACGUAAGCAAAAGUAUUCACGGAUCGUUAGUCAGGCGAAUGUGUACAUGUCAUUAGUAUGUAUCUGGUGGUAAAAUAUGCUCGAAAUUGUGUUUUGCACUGCUGCUAAAUGUUUACGAUUUACUUUUGCCAUUUCCUUCCUUAUUUUCCUUGGUCGGUUGACAUGCAAUAAUGUUAGGGAUGUGCAACAGAUAAUUGAUGUUGCUUAUCCCCUAAGAGACGACCUUGCUCAGACUGAAAUGUUACGCAUAGUUGAUCCCUGCGUUCUUUUGCUUGCUCUCUCUCUUUCUCUCCAUCAUCACCGUUUCGGUAUAAAUCAUCACAAUGCAAGAUUCGGCAACGAGCUUUGCUUUGUUGGAAUUUAUGUUUUAGGGAUGAUUUGCGUUGCGUUAUUGUUUUCAUGUCGAUUAAAGAUUCAAAGAUUGUUAAACUACGAAUUGUGCCACAACUGUGUAACUUAAAUGGUUCGAAUCGCAGUGCGAACAAUCUGGUGAAUUUUUAGGCAGCUCUUUUUUGUGUUUUGUUAAUGGCAUAAGACAAGAACACGGUCUUGCAAGUUGAGCGUGCUUCGCUUCGUUUCGAAUGGAAUAUUUUGAUUUAUGAUUUGGAUAGUUUCAAUUAGAGCUGUUCGUGUUGAAAUUUAAAUCCUCGAUGCUUGUACUACGUUUGCGGUGCUGCACCGUAUUCGUUUUUUCACACCAAACCGCACGCGUGCUGUACGGCUCUGUUGUAAAACGUUUGCCUACGGUACUAUUCGAAGGUACUAUGAAAUGCCUGCUCCUGGAACCGAUGUACUUUAGUUACUCGGUGUUAUUGUUAAACCUACUAAUGAUACUUGCUGCUAUGAAUAGCUGAACACCCAUUGUUGAAGGAAACAGCGAAACAAUCCAACUUAUAAACCUUUUUAUUAUAUCAUCGGAAAUAUUUUGAAUCGAUGCUGUGCUUGUUUGUGAAUCGUAGUGUUCUAGUAAGUUGUCUAAUUUGGCGCCUUUUAAAGGACAUCUUUAUAUUAGAAAAUAACAGCUAACCAGAAAAGAAGCAGGCAGAAGUUGUUACAAAAAGAAAAUACACACAUAUACACACCAACACACAUUACACAUACCCACACUGCCACGUAUCUGCGUAUGUUAAGAUUACGUAUCGUCAUUAGUCUCGUUUUGCGAUUGACACACGCCCCAAUCGAUACCCGUAGAAAAACAAGGCAAGGAUGAUUGUGUAGUAAGGAAAACACAAACACACAAGUAAACCGUGCUUCCAUCGCAAAGAGCUGUUGGAAAAAUGCAAACUGAUGAUUGAUUGAGCAUGUGUAUUGUUGCAAGCCCCAACGCAAGGCAGAGUAUUUGGUAAUGGUUCUAGUAGAUGGAUUGGCAACUAUGUUGAUGAGAAGAAAAACUGGAGAAGAAGGACAUCGUUCGAGAGCAAGUAAAAUCAUGUGUGUAGAUUUGCAUCUAAUGUUAUAAAGUGAAAUAAAAGAAAGGAAACUACUCUAGUACACAAGUGA